AUGUCUUCUCGAGAGGCCUUCAAAAUUCACACAGCGACUAGAGACAUCAUCUUACACCAAUAUUUCAGUACCAAGGCCCCGAAAAUUGGGAAGAUUAUUGAGGCCAUGGCACUUAAGUUCCCACCCAAGUCCGGAGCGAAUGAGCUAAACGAAUCGAUUUCCAGGAUCGCUAACAGCCUCCCGCUACAUUGCGGCCAAUUCCGCUUGGGAUUCGAGAACGAGAGGGGUAUUGGUCUCGACGAACUGAUGGAGACGUUUGCUGAUAAGAUAUGGGGCGUGCCUCUAGAAAGCCCGCUUCGCGGAGGUCCAAACCUUGAGUAUAGUAUGGAUCUAAUCAGUGCUUCCAACGGGCCGUACUACGGUCCGUACAAAGUGAACCGCAACGGUAACGUGAUCAGUACAAACGUACCGAGUUCGUGA